UUUCGUAGGGAAUGCAGUCGUGUCUGGUACUGUACACCGCCUUGUGUCGAUUGUGUUUGCAUACCUAAGGUCCGCAUUUUAUUUUUUGAAAUGUGAUAGUGUUUUUUUUCAUGAUGUACGGAGUGCUUUUAUGUGUAGAGACGUUGUAUUGUGAUCUAUUGAUGAAAUCCUGUGAAAGCUGAAACGGGCGUCGAAUGGUGCGUAAUGAUAUGAACACAUUGAUGGACACGAUGUUUCUAUUGUUCACUUACUUCGGCUCUAUUUAUAAGCAAAUAAUUAUGCUUGUAAAAGCUAAACAAGUGCAAGAACUUUUAAACACAAUGAAAGGAGAUUUAUUUAAUCAACCAGAAGAAAAACACCAUGAGCUGCUCAAAGAUACAGCUCGUGAAGCAAAAAUUCUUGUAAAUAUAUACAGUUCAACAUCAGUAGUUACUUGUUUUCUUAUGGCCUUGUAUCUACACAUUUUAUAUUCUCAAGGAACGCACGUCGAAUUUUCUAUUUGGUUUCCUUUUGAACCAGAUACAAAACCGAAAUUUUAUUUUGCUUUAUUUUAUUACUAUAUCCAGAUUACUUGGAUUGCGUUUAAUAUAACAACGCUAGAUGCAUUUAUAACAUUCUUUUUGCAUCAAUGUACAACACAAAUGAAUAUUUUAAGGUACGACCUGGAAAAUUUUGUAGAAUCCUGUAAAAUUAAAUCUACAAAUUCAAAAAUACCUUUAUCGCAAGCCUAUGAUAUGAAAUUCAAGAAUAUGGCUCUACAUUUUUUAGAAAUUCAUAAAUUUUUUGCAAAAGUCGAAGCGACAUACAGUGGGGCUAUAUUUUGUCAGUUUUUGUUUGGUGCCUGGAUUCUGUGCACCACCGCCUACAGAUUUGUUGAAAUUGACAAAACAUCAUUAGCCUGUUUUACAAUCAUAUUAUUUUUGAUGUGCAUAUUUGCGGAAUUAUUUUUGUUUUGUUUCUAUGGCAGCAAACUAACGGAUGCGAGUGAAAAGUUAAUGGAUUCGGCGUAUUUUUUGGAUUGGGUAGAAAUUCCAAUUAAACAUAAAAAAGAUCUAAUGUUAUUUAUGGAGAUGAUAAAGAAACCGAUAAUGCCCACUGCGGGUUCAAUAGCGCCGCUUGCAAAUACUACAUUCGUUUCAAUAGUUAAAAGUUCUUACUCUUUCUACGCCUUUCUAAAAAAUUCGGAAAGUUAA